AUUUCUCGGUAGUCAAAUCCACACAAAUACAAAAUACGCAUCAUUCAACUUGCAGAAAUGGGCUCGACGAAUGGAAACGAGGCAAUCAAGCCUCUGAUGCUAAUUGACGGUCAAUUGAUCGGCGCCUCUGAUGGUAGCACUUUUCCCCUCUUCAACCCAGCGACAGGCGAUAAAGUCGCAAAUGUCCCCGAAGCCACAAGAGACGAUGUCAACAACGCCGUCGCAGCUGCACAGCGCGCCUUUCCUGCAUGGUCUGCCUUAGAUCCUGCCAAGCGCGGCGGCUACAUGAAGAGACUCGCGGGCCUCAUCAGACAGCAUAAUGACGAACUGGCUUUACUCGAGGCAAAGUCAAUGGGUCGUCCAUUGCCCGAGUUCUUUGAAGGAUAUGCCGCUGCUGGGAGCUAUGAGUACUACGCUGAAGCUUGGCCUCACAUCCAAGGCCAGGCAAGUCUCAACACGCCAGGCUAUGUCACCAUGACUCUACGUCAGCCAUUUGGCGUUGUCGGUGCUAUUAUCCCCUGGAAUGCUGCUCUCCUCUUCUUUGCAGGGAAGACUGCACCUGCGCUCAUCACUGGAAAUACAGUCGUGCUCAAGUCAAGCGAGAAAGCGCCUCUCGGUGCAGCCAAGUUCGCUGAGCUGAUCCACAAGGCGGGCUUUCCACCUGGCGUCUUCAACGUCAUAUCAGGCCACGGCAACCCCUCUGGAGCCGCCCUCUCGUCACACAUGGGUGUGCGCGCAAUCUCAUUUACUGGCUCGGGACGCACUGGACGGGCGAUUCAGGAAGCAGCUGCCAAGUCCAACCUGAAGAAGGUGAUCCUUGAACUCGGUGGUAAAUCGCCUGUUAUUAUUUUCGAUGAUGCAGACAUCGAACAGGCUGCUAAAGACACUAUGCACAGUAUCCAGUGGAACAGUGGACAGGUCUGCAUGGCUAAUUCUCGCGUUUACGUGCAAGACACCAUCGCUGAGAAGUUCAUUGAAGCUAGUAAGAAGGCACUUUCAGCUGCUAAACCAGGUGAUCCAACGCAAAAGGGCGUCGAUCAUGGUCCGCAAGCAGACAAGACUCAGUACGAAACGGUUCUCUCUUAUAUAGAUGAGGGAAAGAAGUCAGGAAAACUUGUUCAAGGCGGGAAGGGAAGCUAUGACAAGACAGGAGGCUUCUUCAUUGAACCGACGAUCUUCCUGGACACGGCUGAGAAUGCCAAGAUCAUGAAGGAGGAGAUCUUUGGGCCUGUUGUGAACAUCAACGUCAUUAAAACGGAAGAAGAGGCUAUCCAGAAGGCGAACGAUACAGAGUAUGGCCUUUAUGCUGCGGUAUACACCAAGAAUAUUGAUCGAGCGAUGAGGGUUACUCAACAGCUCAACUCGGGCUACGUCGGUAUCAACUGCACCAGUCCCACGACUGCCAGGGAUCUUCCUUUUGGAGGAUAUAAGUCUUCUGGGCAAGGUCGAGAAGGUUACCUUUAUAGUAUGGAUAACUUCUUGGAGGUCAAGAGUGUUAUGAUGAAGGUGGACGCGGGCGGACCCAAAUUAUAACUUGGGCAAUGGUGGUAAUCGGUUCAAUAUAUUCUUUGGCUACCAUCUAACUCGGAGAC